GUACGGGCUAAAUACAGGAGCACGGUCCCAGCAACAUGAUUGGCUGUGAAGGCCUGAAGGGGUGAGCCGUAUCAAUGGCGUGGACUGAACCACACUGUCAUCCAGACCUACAGCCAGAACCAAAACUGGCACUUUGCAACGUUCUGGCUCAGACUACAUCUUCCUCAGCCAUCCUCCUCCUCCUUUUUUCGCUUGCUGCCUUUGCUGGCCCAUGUAUGGCCGGUCCGCCCCAGCCUGCCCGUCCUCCUCUCCUGUCUGGACAGCCAUUUAUUAUCUUCUGGGGCAUCCCUGACUCCUGCUCCGGUCGACCAGAUCUGAGAUCUUUCGGCAUGGAACGAGAGGGCCGUGCAGCCUUCUUUUAUGAGGAUACGCUGGGGAACUACCCAUACUUUGUAAACAGAAACACACCAGUCAGUGGGGGGCUUCCCCAGCACACACGUCUGGACAGCCACAUUCAAAAGACACAGCAAGAUCUGGAGGCAGCUUUACCUGCCCCUAGAUUUCUUGGGCUGGGGGUGCUGCGCUGGGCCGAGUGGGUCCCCCAGUGGUCCAGAAACAGAGAGAAACAGGUGAUGUAUCAGGAGGCAUCGAGGAACCUAAUGAAGACUUUUUUUCCUAACUGGAGCCCAGAAGAGGUGGAGAAAUGGUCAAAGGUGGACUUUGAAGCAGCAGCCCAGUCAGUCAUGAUGGAGACUCUACGGGAGGUCAAAAGGUUAAGGCCCAAAGCAUUGUGGGGCUUCUCUCCAUACCCCAGCUGCUAUAAUAGUGACCCCACCCAAACCAUGUUAGCCAAUUACACCGGCCAGUGUCAUCCAGCAGAGAGGGCUCUUAACGACCAGCUGUUGUGGCUAUGGAAACAAUGCUCUGCCCUGUACCCCCUUUUGACCCUGCAGAAGCUGCAGAAUGGGACCUCUGGAGCGCGACUUUAUUUAUCAGGUCAAAUAAAGGAAGCACUACGGGUAUCAUCUCUGCCUGGUGCAGAGUUUGAUCUGCCCGUGUUCCCUCUGGUCAAGAGUUUGUAUGCUUCAACUAAAACUUUCUUAUCACGGGCUGAUCUGAUCAACACUAUUGGAGAAAGUGCUGCCAUGGGAGCAGCAGGAGUUGUUAUCUGGGAGAGAAGUGAGACUAAGACUGAGAGAGAGUGCCAGGACCUGGGAGAUUUUGUCCGAAACAUCCUGGGACCUUACUCCAUCAAUGUCACCACAGCAACUCAACUUUGCUCAUCCUCCCUUUGCCAAGGAAAGGGUCGAUGUGUUCGUCAAAAUCCAGACAGCUCUGCCUAUCUCCAUCUUCCACCCACAACCACAGUGGCAGAAAAAGUGACAGAAAAGGUAGAGGCAGCAAAAGCCACAAAUCAGCCAGACACGGACACUAAAAUGGCUGAACUAGAUCCAGCAGAGAUCUGGAAAAAAGACUUCAUAUGCCAGUGGUACAAAACUUCAGAUGGGGAUGUCUCAGAUCAGCAAUCACCAAAGGACGGAGCAUCUACUGGAGGAAAAACAGAAGGAAACACUGAAGUUGUACUUGGGACUACAAUCGUUGCUACAACAAAAAGUGCCUCUGAGACUGAAUUUAUAGUGACUAUUUCACCCGGUCCUGGCGAUCCAACACCUUCACUGGAAGCACCUACAGACAGUUGUACAAAUCCAACGAGUGCCCCACACCCGACGGUUUUACUGGUGCUGGUGGCUGGAAGCUUAUGCCUGAGAACUUAAACUGAAAACAUACCAGCCUUCAAAUGGGAGGUCUGUGUUAAACCUGCAAGCAUAAAGCCCUCUGAAGUGCCCUUGCAAGAGAGACUGAAUCCCUGAGAGUUGCAGGUGUGCUGCUUUGUAGAUUAAUAUAAUCUACAUAUAUAUAUAUAUAUAUAUAUAUUUGUUUUGUUUUUUCCAAGAUUAUUUUUUUAAAGCAAGGAGAACUAACUAUGUCUACAGUUAGAAUCAGAAACCUAUCAUUGGAUGUGCCAAGACACAGUGGUACAAACACUCACAGACUCUGGCUUGCUUCUUGUUAAAGGACAAGUUCACCAAAUAAAAAAGAAAAUCUAAUUAAACAUGGGAAAAUGCUGGAAACUAAUUUCACUUACUAUUUCAUUUAAAACAGCUAAGGUUGCCACAGAGUUAUCUCAAAUAACAGGGUCUGUUAUUUGAGCAAGGCAUUACAGAUCACACGUUAAAGCUCAUGUGCUGAACCGGUAAACGGUUUCUGAGAUCUCUGGCCUCCCCUGCCUGACUUCUGGUGAAACUACAUCGCUCUUUAAAACAUCACUGCAAGAAAAGCUCAAUAAUAAAUUUAAAAAAGAAAAAUGAGAGCGAUCGCGGCUAAAUUCCAGUUAGCUGAGUCAUUUCCAGCUACAUGCUGGUACAUUAUUAUAUAAUAUGCCACUCCAAAACAUAUGUAAAUAUUGUUGCACUGCCUUGUCCACAUCCCCAUCAGUGCCUCUGGAGGCAGGGUACUGUUAAAAAAAAAAAAAAGACCAAAUGAUUUUUUUUCUAAGCUCAUGUGAAUUUGUUUUUAUUUUUAAUUAAAAUAUACACUUAAGACAACAAAGGUAUCCAAAUCAUUUUAGUUACAGAAAGAGAUCUUAUGUACACAGAUGCAUCAGACUGUACAACAGAAAAUUAAUAUUAGAUUUAUAUUUAUCAUGAACAAGAAAAUGGCAACAAAUUUCAAUCUCUCUCCUCCCAGGGGUCCUUUCUCACCUGAAAAAGUCAACUGUGGUUUCAAAUGUUCGCUCUUGAGACAAUAAUAA